CUAGAUCUGCGUUGGAGGAGGGAAAGAAGGAUGUCUCGAUAUUACAACACUAGUUCUGACACAGGGUUGUCCCGACAAAGUUCAAAAAAUUACAAGGUGAUUCGAAAGAAGUCCAAUGCGGAACUCAACGAAAAGCUUCGUCGCAUAGAUAUCGAGCAUAAUACGAACAUCGCAAAGAUCUUAAACGAGAGAUACAAUCUGAGAACAAUGCAUUAUAAUUUAACGCAUUCUGGUGGCGAAACCUCCUCUGAUAGUGAUAGCGAAGAGGGCAAAGAGGCUGCAGAGGAAAAUGGUAGUCGUUGCGUUUCAUCAGUGGACAAUGAAGAUAUCCCAAGUGUGGGCGAGAAAAAGGUGCAACAAAUUUCUGCCAUAGACAACAGUAAAAAACAAAACUUUCUUCAACUACCAAGUAUAAUUGAAGAAACCUCUGUUAAUCCGAAACAGCAUUCAAAGUCUCCAAAAUUAGGCCAUAGUCCACUUCCACCACUGUCGGAACACGGCUUUCCGACUCGCUUACGAAUGAUGUCCGAAAGCAUUCACGGAAAUGCCACGUCGUCACGACAGCGUCAGCGAAGUUCGACUCUGCCGAUUGGUCAUAUGCCAGGGGACAGGCUGAGAAAGAGCGAAUUUAAGAAAACUGUAAGGCAUGAGAAGUCGACGCAUAUGCACGGCGAGGGAAAACGAAUGAGUGCCGACGACCAUAUGCCGAAUCAUGAGGAGAAUUUGUCGACGUCACCUUCAUGGGAGAAAGAAUUGCAUGGUUGCCGUUACUUAAGGCAUAAGAGGCAUUCAACACCGGAUUUCCUUGAUACGGAAGCAAUAUUUGACAGAAUAUCAGAGAAAUGAAAAGGAUAACGACUUAUAGAUGUAGGUGCUACUUGAGAGGAAAUCGACAGCCACUUACGGUAGUCAGUGAGACAAGGAGCUGGAGAUCACGCUUUUAAUUUUAGGUUGUUUUCGACGGAAAUGAUUUCAUCAGUUGCAUUUUAAUAUAACCCCUGCUCCAAGUAAGGACAAGUGAAAGAGCAGUUAGAAUGAAG